AUGAGUACGUGGCUGUUGCCUCAGGAGAAGCUGUAAGCCCUGGGGGAGCCUGUGGAAGAGCAGUGCCUUGGGACAGGAGCAGAGCAGCCCUGGGACGCCGCGGGAGGCCAGGACAGCUGUGACGCACUGCAGCGGGGGGACAGGAUCGAAGAAUGCUGCAACAUCACGGUGGAGCCAGAGGAGAGGAACGAGGCCCCCGGCCUGCCCCUGGACCUGCCCCGUCACUGCGCAGAGCUGCGCCGCUCCACCGGCCCUGCCUGCCGCUGCCUGCAGGCACGCUGGCUCAGGUUGGUGCAGAUGGCAGGGCCGGCACUGAGCGGCACAGACAGGCUGCAGGCACUGCACCUGAACGUCAGCAGAGGCCUGGCCCACGACCUCCUCCUCUCCUUCUCCCCAGCUCAGGGCCCCAUGACAAUCAGCUCUAUGGAGGAGGGAAAAGCAGGCAAAAUCCGUCUCCCUCGGGAGGUAUUCCAGUCCCUGAGCAGCCAGGCAGCACAUGUGGUGGUGACAGUCCUCAACAUCAAGCAACUCGGCAUGUUUGAGGAGGACAACCAGAUGGGGCAGGUCUUGGAUGACACUGUGGUGGGCAUCAUGGUGGAGGAUUUGGACAUCUCUGGGCUGCAGGACCCUGUGCAUCUCACCUUUGCCCACCGGCAGCUGCCCCCUAAUGUCACCCCACUGUGUGUCUUCUGGGAGCCCAACAAAGGGCAGGCAGGUGGCUGGAGCACCAGAGGAUGUGUCACACUGCCUGGGGACAAGGAGACAGUCUGUUCCUGCAACCAUCUCACCUUCUUCACCCUCCUCCUGAACCCGGCUCUGAACACGUCCAUGGCACAGACGUUGGUGGCUGUGGCCAAUACUGGCUGUGGGGUAGCUGUGGCUUUCUCCAUCUUCACCAUUGCCUUCUAUAUUUUCUUAAGGUGCAGCUACCAGCAAUUCAGGUCUGAGGAGACCCUCCGCACCAACCUGGGGCUUCACAUGAACCUGGUCAGCAGCCUGCUCCUGCUCAACCUGGCUUUCCUGCUCAACAGUGGGGUCUCCAGCAGGGCCAUGCCGGGGCUGUGCAGUGCCCUGGGGGGGCUCACUCACUACUGCCUUCUCUGCUGCUUCACCUGGACUGCACUGGAAGGCUCUCAUCUCUACCUUCUCUUCAUCAAGGUCCUUGGCACCUACAUACACCACUACCUGGCAAAGCUGUGCCUCGUCGGAUGGGGCUUCCCUGCUCUGGUGGUGGUUGUGGCAGGAGCCAUGGGCAGCUAUGGAGAAUACAGCAUUCGGACGACGGACCAGCAGACUGUAGUCCACCUGUGCUGGAUCAAUUCUGAACACCUCCUUGUCCACUACAUCACGAACUGUGGCUAUUUCAGCCUUGUCUUCCUCUUCAACACAGCCAUCUUUGGGGUGGUGGCCUGGAAGAACUGCCACCUGUGGAGCACUGGAAUGGUGCAGGGGCACUGCAAAGCCUGGAGAGUGGCCCUGUCGGCUGUGGGGCUUUUCUGCCUGCUGGGAGCCACCUGGGCGCUGGCAUUCCUCAGCUAUGGCAGCUCCUCAGUACCUAUGCUCUACCUCUCUGCCAUCCUGAACUCCCUUCAAGGCCUCUUCAUCUUCAUUUGGCUGGUUGUCCUCUACUACCCAAAGAUGGAGGAGACCACCAACUCCCUCUCCCACAUCAUGAGGAAUGACAGAACCGUGGCUGGGUCACAGGGAUAGCUGCUGGCUGGACUUCCUGCCAGUGAGCACACUUGCUGCCCGCGAGCUUUCAGCCUGAAGGACACAGCUUUCUGUGGAGGACAAGCACCCCAGCUGACCAGUGUGGUCCUGGCCCUCACCCAUACCUCAGUUUAUCCUUCGUUGGGUUUGAUCCACCCUAGCAGGACUUUUUGCUUUGGCUGUCCUUUUGCUCCUAGGGGCCUGCCUUGGGCAGCACACAGCACCUUGGUGCAAGGAAUCCCGACACUACCCUUCUGUCAAAGUCCCUGCAGGCUUCAUGGCCUCAGAAGUGCUCUGAUGUUCCCCAGGGACUCUUGCUGUGGCCCAUGAGCUGGCUACCUUCAUCCUGGAUGGGGCCAUGCUGAUCUUUGCCCAUAAUUCCCAGCAGAAGAUGGACUUGGGCACUGGACCAGACCAGGGGUGGGUUUUCCCGCUGUACCCAGACUCUGCAGACCCCAUGAGGGUCAGGUCUGGGAAUUAGCAAAAGAGGUUUAUCCACCAGGCAUCUUUACAAUACGGCCUCUCCAAAUGAACCUGGGAGAAUUCUUCAGGCAGUGGAUCUGCUGCGCUUGUCUCCUGCAGAACACUGCAGCUAGUAGCGACUUCCAUGAGGACACCACACUUCAGCCCAUUGGGCACUAGGGUGCUGCAUUCCCCAU